AUGGAAGAUGUGAUAGUGGAAGCCCUUCCAUCUAAUGAACGGGAAGCUCAGAUUUUAGCUGCCAGAGAACUUGGUAAACUUGCAACCAAACUAAGACAGAAGUUAGCAGAAAGAGGGAUCAUUUCUCGGCUCGUUACGAUGCUUCGUAAGCAAGAUUAUGAAGCCACUGAAGCGGCACUUUGCUCUGCUUUGUCUAGCUUUUCAAAAAACAAGAUUCAAAUUGCAAAUUCUGGUGCCAUACGAGUAUUGCUGGAGAUCAUUCAAUGCCAAAAAGAGUCAUUGAUUGACCUUGCAGCAGCAGCCCUCUUGGUUCUUCCUUCUUGCUCCAAUAACAAGCUAGCAGUCGCAACAUCUGGGACUAACCCAAUCCUGGUUGGAUCCCUGAAUUCCCAAUUGGCAGAAGAAUGCGAUAAUCCCAUCUAUUGUUUCUUUUGGUAUGGUAAAAGCCAUGCUUCAACUAAUAUGUAUGAGUUCGGAAAACAAUCAGAGAUGAUUGAGAAAGCGAUGGCAUUACUGGAGAAGAUGGUUUCCUCGUCGGAGAUUUCACUGAAGGAGGUUGCUGAGACUGCAUGUCUUGUAAUCCACUUGCUAGUGGAGGCCAUUGAAGAAUGUACACCACUAUGCAAAGAGCACGCUGCAGCUACGUUACUGGUCAUGUGCCAAAGCUGUAGGGACAGAUGCAAAUCCAGAGAUUGGGAAAAAAAUUUUGGGGUUGCAGAAAGGCAGAGGGAAGAAGGAGAAGAAUGUUGA